AAGCAAUGGAGCUCAGUCUCAGAGAUCACUCUGAGCAUGUUGAUUACAUCAACAAUGAGUUGACAUUGUUUGCUACUAGUAUUGCAAGGAAGGGUUGGCAAAUUCGAGGCACAACACCCACAGAUGGGAACUGCGCCUUCUGGGCAAUUAGUGAUCAACUUGAUCGGACAGGGGGUCAUCCUUACACACAAACACAACUUAGAGAAAAUGUUGUCGAAUACAUUGAAAAUUUAUCAGAGAAUGAUAAAGAAAACUUGGCCAAGUUCUUGACUCAGAGUAUGGAUUCAUAUCUGCAUGGCAUGAGAUUAAAUGGAACAUAUGCUGAUCACAUAUGCUUACAAUCAUUGUGCAAAAUGUUAUCUAUGGAUAUACUGGUGGUUAAUUCUGGUGAUGACAUUAGAUUACAACCAACUGGUACCUCCUCUAAGACGCUGGUCCUUGGCCACCUACCUGAUUUACAACACUACGUCAGCUUGGAGCCACUGAAGAGGUUUGAACUGGAUGACUUUGUAGCUGUCCAUCUGACUGGUGAUAAACACAGACGAGUUUAUGUUGCAAAGGUUCUCGACGUAGACGAAAAUGAUGUGAAACUGAAAUUCAUGAAGCAAACCAGAUCAGCUGAUGUCUUCGAGUGGCCAAACAAAGAGGACAUUGCCUGGCAACCUCAUUCCGAUGUCUGGUGUAAAUUUGAUCAACCCGAAUUAUUGCCUGGCAGGGGUCUUAGAAUGAAAUUCGAUAUGAAAGGACUUUCAUAAUUAUAGUUUAAUGAAUGACAAUUUAAGACGUUUUAGUUCAGUUGUUAGUUGUUACAGUUGCAUUUGCCUCUCAUGACUUUGGAAAGUGAACAAUCAUAGUUCCAUUGAACUAAGUAUUAUAUACUUUUUUCACUUUACCAGAACUUACUAACUAUGAUUAAACUGGGAAAGAUGUAAUCAUGAACUACAGUAGUGCAUAAGCACCCAGACAAGUUGGUGUAUUGACCUUUAAAUAUCUCAAUGUUUGUAUUCAAGUUUAGUGUUACAAACCAGUUCUUUACAGUUCUAAUGUUCUUAAUUCAGCUGUUUUUUCAAUUUUGUAACAUGUUUCAUCCUGAUCAGGUUUACUGAAGAUUUUUGACAUGUUGAAUUUUUUAUUUUUUGUAAUUGUUGCAAGUGUAACAGUAUGCUAUGUUACAGAUAAUGGUUAUGACUUUAUCACAUUUGCUCACUUCCAAAACAGAACUAUCAAAAUGCAUUAAAUAUACAUUUUUUAAACAGUAA